AUGACUUCUGAAGAUUAUUGUGGACACGAACAGAUUAGCAGGAUCAUCGCAGACAUGGAGACAUUCCUCCCUUCAGCAUCGAUAAAGCGGAAGGACUACCUACGUUGCCGCACCACAUAUGGUCUCCUCUCCACAACAUACAAGUGCAUCAAUGGCUCGAACAACCCCGAGAAAGAAUACCAAGAAGUGCAAGGCGUCGCAAAAGACCUGCGUCACCGGCUAACCAACCUCGACCCCUCCAGAGGUCUUCCGCGCAAAUUCCAAGCCCCCCUCGACGAGCUCGAAGCAGGAAUCGACACCGUGCUCAAAUCAUGCGUAACGAUCGACUUUGUGACUCUUAGGCUACGAGAUAUGUUGGAGGAGACGGAUGAUGCGCCUGUGCUGAAACGCGAACCCGUCAAGAUGGUGGAUGAGGCGCGACUGAAGAAGGUGAGGGAGGAACUGGCGGCUGAGUGGGAAAAGAACUACAAGCUUAACGAGGAGAACAAUAGAUUGGUCUUGGAGCUCAAGAAGUAUCAGGUUCGUGAGCGGUCCGGGACUGGUGGAACACCACUAAGGAAGUGGUCUGGGGGAUUAAAGCAGUAG